AUGGACGAUGAAGGAGAGAAUGAGUUUGUCAGCGAGCAGGUCAACGAAAUUGUCAAGAACGCAAUCACCAAGACUCUUGGAGGGUCGCAGUACAGCAAGGAACGCGUCACUUCUUGGACGAAUCAAAUCAUUGAUGAAUGCCUAAAGGAGCUUGCAAAGUUGAACAAGCCUUUCAAGUAUGUGGUCACUUGCAUCAUCAUGCAGAAAAGUGGUGCGCCGUUGCACACUGCGCUGACACUGCACUGGGACACGAAAACCGAUGGCACCUCAUGCGUGCAAGUGGGAACCGAUACCAUGGAUUGCAUCACGACAGUCUGUGCAUGA